AUACUGGCCGACGCGCCGCACAGGUAUUUAAUCACGGGACUAGACGGAAGGUCGAAAGAACAGGGAGGCCAUGUUGGAUUUUCAGUAAACUGUUUGUGUGAUCCCAGCGUCAGAAAUGCAUCCCCGGCGCAGUGCUCAGGAAGUCCUACUGUGUAACCUCUGUGAGACUGUCCCCCUACAGAGUCGUUGUGAAGUUUGUAAUAUAAAUCUAUGUAAGGCCUGUGUUGGGGAGCACCUCUCGGACUCCUCUAAAAAACACAAUGUCAUGCCCUAUUUACAAAGAAAGUCUACUCCCAACUACCCGAAAUGUCCGAAACACGUCGAAAAAUACUGCGAACAUCACUGUGAGAAUUGUGAUAUUCCUGUUUGUAUUAAAUGCGUCUCCUCCGGUAAACACGAAGGUCACAAGUUAUCAGAAUUUCUGGAAAAACUCAGCGCUAAAACACAAAAUUUACAAAAAGAUUUGGAGGAACUCGAGACCAGAAUUUACCCGCGAUAUGAAGAAAUGGCGUCCAAUAUCCAAACCGAAAAAGCCGACAUAGAAACAAACUAUGGGAAAUUGACCACAGCUGCCGAACAAGAAGGUGAAAUUUUACACCGGGAGAUCACCGCCAUUGUCAAUCAGCGGAAAUCUGCCAUUCAGGAGAUGAAAAACAAACACCUAUCUACCCUGAAUAAAAAUACAGAAGAAAUCACACAGAAAAUGGUGGAACUCGAACAGAUCAUUUCCGACUUGAAAUCAAUCCUAACAUCAAAUGAUGUCUCCUUAACCUCUACUUACAAAUCUAGGAAUUCCGAAUUUAGAACAUUACCGUCUAAAGUCCGAGUUACAUUUCCGAGUUUUACUCCUCAGAAAAUAAACACAUAUCAGCUCAAUGAAAUGUUUGGUUCUCUGUCGCCAUUAUCCAUUAACACAGAACAUGGCGACACAAUGAAGUCAGCAGAAGCUGUAUCGUCUCCUCCAGUCAAACCACUGCAUAAUGAGCCGCGCCUCACCGCCACCAUAAACACUGGGUAUGACUAUCUAUACAGUGUUAGCUGUCUGAGUGAAGAUCAAGUCUGGACACGCGGGAAUAACAAAACCAUGAAGCUCCUCAACCUCCAGAGUAAACUACUGACAUCAAUAAAAACCAACUCAGGGAGAGCACCACAGGGUAUAGCAGUGACACGGGACGGAGAUCUUGUUUAUACUGACGAUAGUAAUAACACCGUGAACUUAAUUAAGAAUAAAAAGAUAUGGACCGUGAUCACACUGCAGGGGUGGAGUCCUCGCUCUGUCUGCUGUACCGCGGGUAACGAUCUCCUGGUUACCAUGGACAGUUAUGAUGGAGAACAAUCCAAAGUCGUGCGUUACUCCGGCUCCACAGAGAAACAAAGCAUUCAGUUUGAUUAUCAGGGUCGUCCUUUCUACACAUUUGGUUAUGACACUAAAUACAUCAGUGAGAAUAGGAACCUGGAUAUAUGUGUGGCUGACCUGUCAGCUAGUGUAGUAGUGGUGGUCAAUCAGUCAGGGAAACUCCGAUUUAGAUACGCUGGUCUUCCCUCUAAUACCGGGCAAUCAUUUAGUCCAGCCGGCAUCACUACAGACAGCCAGAGUCACAUCCUGACAGCAGACUGGGAUAAUCACCGUAUCCACAUCCUAGAUCAGGACGGACAGUUCCUCCGUUACAUUCACUGUGAUUUAGAGUUUCCUCGCGGUUUAUGUGUGGACAUCAGAGACAACCUUUUUGUGACUGAGCGUUACACUGCUAAAGUGAAGAAAAUCCAAUAUCUACCAACACAGUGUUAAUUACACAGCUCUACCGUGUUAAUUACAUCUAUCAAAACGGUGUUAAUUACACAUCUCUACAGUGUUAAUUACAUCUAUCAAAACGGUGUUAAUUACACAUCUCUACAGUGCUAUUUACAUCAGUGUGUUGAUUACAACUGCUUGUUAAUUACAAUUCCUUGUUAAUUACAGCCCUGUGUUAAUUACAGCCCUGUGUUGAUUACAGCCCUGUGUCUGUGAUGUGUAAUGUACUUGUGUUUGUGAGUUUAACUGAUAGAACAUUAGUCUCUCACUGCAGUUUACUAAUUAUAUCUUAUCUGUAUCAUUAUGUUUAGCUGAACAGUAUUAAUUUUAGAACACUAAUUACUAUUUUGACUGUGUUACUAGUUAUCUAUAUACAAUCUUUUGAGGAGUAAUUUGACUGUGUUACUAGUUAUCUAUUUAUAUAUAAUCUUUGGUGGACUAAUUUGACUGUUACUAAUUAUCUAUUUAUAUAUAAUCUUUGGUGGACUAAUUUGACUGUGUUACUAAUUAUCUAUUUAUAUACAAUCUUUGGUGGACUAAUUUGACUGUGUUACUAGUUAUCUAUAUACAAUGUUUUGUGGACUAAUUUGACUGUGUACUAGUUAUCUCUAUACAAUCUUUUGUGGACUAGUUUGACUGUGUUACUAGUUAUUUAUCUAUAUGCAAUCUUUUGUGGACUAAUUUGGCUGUGUUACUAGUUAUCUAUCUCUAUACAAUCUUUUGUGGACUAAUUUGACUGUGUUACUAGUUAUCUAUAUACAAUAUUUUGUGGACUAGUUUGACUGUGUUACUAGUUAUCUAUCUAUAUACAAUCUUUUGUGAACUAAUUUGACUGUGUUACUAGUUAUCUAUCUAUAUACAAUCUUUUGUGAACUAAAAUUUGACUGUGUUACUAGUUAUUUAUCUAUAUACAAUCUUUUGUGAACUAAUUUGACUGUGUUACUAGUUAUAUAUCUAUAUACAAUCUUUUGUGAACUAAAAUUUGACUGUGUUACUAGUUACCUAUCUAUAUACAAUCUUUUGUGGACUAAUUUGACUGUGUUACUAGUUAUCUAUAUACAAUCUUUUGUGAACUAAUUUGACUGUGUUACUAGUGAUCUAUAUACAAUCUUUUGUGGACUAAUUUGACUGUGUUUCUAGUUAUUUUUCUAUAUAUGCAAUCUUUUGUGGACUAAUUUGACUGUGUUACUAGUUAUUUAUCUAUAUGCAAUCAUUUGUGGACUAAUUUGACUGUGUUACUAGUUAUCUAUAUAUAAUGUUUUGUAGACUUAUUUGACUGUGUUACUAGUUGUCUAUAUACAAUCUUUUGUGACUAAUUUGACUGUGUUACUAGUUAUCUAUAUAUAAUGUUUUGUGGACUAAUUUCACUGUGUUACUAAUAUCUUUCUAUAUGUGUAUAAUUUUUAAUGUGUAUAUUAUAGAUAAACAUGAUUUAGAG